CGCGCUACACGAGCGAGCAACGGAGGUGUAUGACAAGAUCUCUCUAUUCUGCGCCUGGACUUCCAAACUUUGAAGCGAAACAAAGUCAUAGUAAAAUCAAUUAAAAAAUCAAGACAAGGAAAGGGAGACCGGUUCAGUGCGUUUCAAGGAGGAUUGCUAACGGAUCACUUUGCACCGGCAAACGAUCACUCACUACUGUGAUCAAUGUUGUUAUAACUCAUGCGCCGCUUUCACACGGCGAAGGCAAUGCGUAAAGUUGCAUUCAGAAGGAAUUGAAAGUUUUCAUCCUGGUGAGCAGAUAAUAGAACAGAGAUGUUCAGUCCAUUAUGGGGUUUCUAAUGUGGAUGUAGAAUAGAAAUCUUGGAAGAGUCUCCGGAUGACCGACACAUUUUGGAUGUUACCUUUCUUUGGGGCUAUUCUCUGAGAUUCCUUAGAGGCGGUUGCAAUAAUAAUAAUAAAAGGAUUCCUCUCAGGUGGCACAUCUGCCAUGUUUGGAUGGAUUUGAUUUUACUAUAACCAAGAUUAUCAAGAAAUUGUUGUAUUUUUUGUGGUUUUUUUCUAUUAUUGUGUCUGAUCCAAACGACAGCUGAAAUUUUAGUACAACCGUACUACUCACCUCCGGAAUUACAAUCAUGAACAUUGGCAGUUUUGUACAAUUAUUAUUUGCAGCGCUGCUUCAGCUUCAUUUGUAUGCAGUAAAGACAGCCCACAUACCCAAGGAAGGGGAGAAGAGUAAAAAUGAUGUGGUCCCGUUCAUGGACGUGUAUAACAAGAGCAUGUGUCGGACACGGGAGAUGCUGGUGGACAUCUUCCAGGAAUAUCCAGAUGAGAUCGAGCACGCCUACAUCCCCUCGUGUGUGGUGCUCAUGCGCUGUGCCGGAUGCUGCAACGACGAGGCGCUGGAGUGUGUCCCCACGGAAACAAAAAACGUUACCAUGGAGGUAAUAAGAGUGAAACAGAGAGUAUCGCAACAUAAUUUUCAGUUAAGUUUCACAGAACAUCGAAAGUGUGAAUGCAGACCAAAGCCAGAAGUUAAAGCAAAGAAAGAAAACCACUGUGAGCCUUGCUCAGAGAGAAGAAAGCGCUUGUUUAUGCAGGACCCUCUCACCUGUAAAUGUUCCUGCAAAUUCACACAAUUAGACUGCAAGUCCAGACAACUUGAGUUAAACGAAAGAACUUGCAGGUUUGUUUACGAAAUAUUGCGAUAAACAACGUGACUUGAUCUAUACUCCGUUCACCCACAUCUACAUCCAUCCACCUUUUUGCACUUCUGUCAUUUGUUAGAUUUUUUUCUCCUGCUGAGAAAUGCAUGCUUCUCACUUGCUUAUAGAAUAUGUUUUUGUUUGUUUGUAUAUGGAAUCGUGUGGGACUAUGUUUGCUUGUAAGUGUGUUUGUAUUGUCUGUUGUCAUGCGUAAUAUUCUGAUACUCUUCUUAACAUCAUUCUUGAUGUUAAAACUGUGACUCUGUAAAGGUAGUAUAUUAUAUUAUAGCUAGCUAGUAUAGUGUAUUCCCUUUGCAUGGUAGACACUUAAACUAGACAAUACACACAAAACAGCCCCUUUCUCCCUUUAGAUUCCCUUUAAAUUAAAGCAGUAUCUAUAUUAUAUACACUAAAUUCUAGCACCAAGCAAGGGAAUCUAGGGGGUGGGGUUUUAUGUGUGUGAGACAGUCCGCCCCAUAUUGGGUCAGUCUGUAGUAAUGCCCAUUUAUUCUGACCCACACUUAUCAUCCAACUUAUCAUCUCCCAACAUAGUCUCCUUAUCUCUUUCCCAUCGCUACAUGGAUAUAUAUAACCACCUGCGUAGGAGGGGAAUUUUUAGCGUCCAUUGUUGUUUUUAACUGCUACCAGUCUUGAUCACACAAAUAGACAGACAUGUUUAUAAGUCAGCACAGUACAGGACUCAAGACAGAACUAACUCAUGCGCGACACUAACAUUCAAAGGGGAAGUGUUUCCCUUGGUUCGUAAUUGUGAACGAACAGGCUCUUAAUUGAGUGAAUGUAGAACUGGUGUCCAUGCUACUUGUUUCUAAUGAUCCUACUCAUAACUCCUAUGAGGCGUAGCCCUAAACUCAAUUACUAAUCGGGGAUUAAAACUCCAUCUCCAUUGGUUGCAAAUAACGGCUGUAUUCAGUCAGUGGCCCAAUGGAGAGCUGACUGCUUCUGGUGAAACUCCCACAAGGCCCUGUGUUGGUGACUUCCCUUGACCCUACUAUAUACAUUCCUGACCUUUGAACCUUAGAGGCCCCCCACACGGUGUGCUGGAUUUAGAGAGCCACAGAUGAGUGGGGUGACCAGCGACAUUAUUCCAAUUGGUCAUGGGUCAUGGGAGGAAGAGGGAGGGACUGCAGGAGUUUUUCACAUUUGGGGUGAUGUGAUUGGCUCCAGGCUACACCCCUGCUGGGAGAAUGAUUUGUUGCCCAUCUUCUAACCUACUGUCUGUCAUGUCUUGUCAUCCACAGAUGUGACAAACCAAGGAGAUGAGACGAGGGAGAGGGGGGACACUGAAAUGAAGGAAUAUUUUCUUGGCACAGCACUUUGAAACCUGAGGACGCAUUCCCUGGAAGGACUGAAAAUUGCAAAGCAA